GUGAAACUGAUGGAAAAACAGCCAAAUUAAUCUGUUGUGCCGUGCAGCAGGUCUUUAGCUUGACCUUCAGUUUCAUAUCAUCGUCGUUUGACCAUGACGACUUUUGAUUUAGUUUGUUUACAAGUCUUAGAGUAACCUGCUCGCACACUUUACCGAAUGGACGUUGUAGUUGAUUUCUUUUUGUAUCUUUUUGGCGACAGAGGUAACAAUUCCGUCACCGCCACUCCUCGCCAUCAUCCUCAAGAUAACAAUAAUCAACAAAAAGGCCAAGAAACCAAAACAAUUUUGCAAAGAAUCGGUGAGUUAUUUUGGAGGCAAAAGCCUGACGAAAUUGAGAACGUCGAAGUAAAAGAAGAUCAUCGCUUGAACGAUUCAGAUAAUGCUUUGAUUCAAAGUGACCACCAGGAAGAAGCUUUUGCUUCAAACCUGAACCAACCUAGUCAUCUUCACGUUUCUUUUCAAACUAGUUCCAUUGAAAAUACUUUAUCACGUGAAAGUGGUAGUGAGUGUAACUCAAAUAAAUACAGUGAAGGUCCUGAAUUACUCCUAGGACGAGAACUAUUUUCUGAAAAGAUGAUUCCCCAACAUCCAUUGUUGAAGAAGAGGAAGUCUUCGAAAAGGUUCGUGAUUGGAGAUGAAGGCGAAGAUGAAGCUACUUGCAGUAUUCCUGAGAUUCGAGAAACUUUUGAUACUAGCGGUGAAGGAAAUAAUGGAAAUUUUGGGAAUGAGAGUAGGGAUGACGGAACGGGAUGGUACAGGAAUCGGCUAAAAGUUAAAACCUCUUUGACGUAAGUAAAAUCAGUCUAAAUUAUUCAAUAAAUGUUUGAAUAACUUCCAUGAUAUUUGUGUUUUGUUUUAUUUUAUUUUUAUAUUAAUUUGUUGGGUGUAAAAGCGGAUAGACAUUAUUUGAAGAUGUCGUAUUAAAAUGGAUGAAUUUCGAUUUGUUUCUAAGGCGUUUAAUAUGGUUUUUGUAUGGUAAACAGGAAAUAAAGUUUCGCUGAAAUUGAAUUUUUUAAAUUUUACUUACGUUAGUAAAACGUCAUUAACAAAUAAACAAACAAUUCAUUGCAGUAUAAAUAGAAAAGCAAAAAUCAAUUUACGGAAAAGUGGAUAUUUAAAUACUGUUCAUAUUUUAGUUUAGAGCGCAGUAAUUUUUAAACGACGUUUUUAAUAUCUAAAAUUUAUGUUUGGUACGUGAUUAGUAAAGAUGCAGAUUGUAUACACUUUGUAUAAUUGCAUUUAGUUACACCUACCUCUAUAUAUAUCCUAGGUAUAAUAAUUAUUUCUCUGUCAUAUCGUCAUGUCAUUUACAACAGACUUUCGCACUUAAAGCUUUCAUUAAAUAUUUAAAACCGUCAUUAUAUAACGAAGGCUAGCGAAUAAAAUCAAUUGUUCAAAGGAAAUCAAUGUAUCUGGUAAUAUAAAUAGACGUUUAUUAUAUAUUUGGUCAACAGGACAUGUUUUUUAUUUUAUUGUGCGAACAAAACAGUUGAAUAAUAGUCAGUUUAUACAGUCAAAUCUUCGUAACUCCUACUUUGUAAAUGUAGCCCCUUACCUCCGCAUCUUUCUUGCGGAUCCUGACUUCCGCAUCAUUCUUGCGGAUACUGACUUCCGCAACCUUAACGCGGCCGCUGAUGUUCCAGAUAGACAAAAUUCGAGUUUAGAAAAUUUUUUGCCUUUUUUUUCAAUUUUAAAAAAGCAAAAAGGAACCUCUGAUUAUAUUCCUGUAUAUUCCCCCUCUUGAAUGUUUAUUUUUUGGUGGUUUUACGCACCAGUACGCAUUGAUUUGAGAUUAUCUGUAGUGGGUGAAAUUAAUUCAAAAAUUAAUUCACUAAUACAUUCAAUUAAUGCUACAAAAGUUCAAAGUAUCUCAAAAAAGUUGUUGUUCCUUAUUAAGUAU